ACCCUCAGUCAACGCCACUCGGUCCCGGGAAUUUUAGUCGGCAUAACAUUGCAAUUUUUCCAGCGUUUUUAUUUUAUUAUCCGGUACCCAAUUUUUGGUGAAAAUUGAAAAUAUGGCCAUGUUGGGGUCAGUCGUUGUAGAGGACAUUAGCAAACCUGAUUUGGAUAAGAUUGAUAGAGAAAAGACUUGCCCAUUGUUGUUGCGAGUUUUUUGUAGUACUGGUAGACAUAAUUCGCCCAUGGAUUACACGAAUGGAAAUACGCCUGCAAAUGAACUCCAGAUAUAUACAUGGUUGGACGCCACGCUAAAGGAAAUAGCUGGGUUGGUCAAGGAGGUGAAUCCCGAUGCUCGGCGUCAUGGGACAGUAUUUGACUUUUCCUUGGUGUAUCCGGAUAAAUAUCGUGGGUAUCGCUCCCGUCCCGUGUCAACGAUAGUUUCUGGACAAAAAAACCCAGAUGAUAAUAAAACUCUGACACAAAUCAGGUUUACAAUUGGGGAUUACCUUGACAUCAGCAUCACUCCACCCAGUCGUAGUCGCGUCAUUUAUGGCAGAGGAAACAAAUUCUAAGCAUAUUCUUUCAAGCGACUUGAUUAUACUUAUAUUUUCUUUCACAUAUAAAAUUGUUUUUUAAAAACUCAUUUCUCUUGUAUUUCUUGUGCGCUUUAUAAUAAUUUUUUUCAUAAUUCCAAUACUUCACUUUUAUUGAAUAAAAGACAUUUUUAAUGAUCUUUGGAACUGCA